AUGGGAGCUCAAAUGGCAUGGACUUUAGCAUCCCAAAGGCCCGAAACAUGCCUUCAACAAUCGAAGUGCUUUGCAGAAAAGAGGUUUGGACCCUCUGGCUUACGAUCCAUCUCCUUUUGGAGAGGACCAUUUUAUCAAAGAAAAGUUGUAGCGGGGACAGAGAAGGAGGAAGAAGAGAGAUGCCUUUUGCACGAUAUGAUUGGCAUUGACUAG